AUGAAGACGGGGACAGAGUGUUCUUGGACCAAUUUUUGCUUAGAAGCUGUACCACCACCCACCUCUGACAUUUCUACUAAUUCUACUGUUGAUGCCUCUGCUCCCAAUAAGAAUAAUUCAAAAUCAUCUUCCUCAACAGGCUCAGUGAUAUGUCACACGAAUUCAACAAUUCCAAUAGAUGUAGAUUUGAAUCAUGUUUACAAUCCACCUUAUUCAGUCACCGAAUUAAUGUCCACUAAACAUAAGCAACGUCUCAGUAAUUCAAAUCAUCUCGCUGGUGCGUUCAUGAAUCCAAACCUUAAAUAUCCAAAGAGACCGCCAAACUCAUUCUUCUUAAUGAAGAAUUGUUACAUGCUAGAAUUAAAAAAGCUCGGGUAUAGGUUCACUAUGCCCACGAUUUGUAAACAGUCAAAGGAGAUUUGGUCAAAUUGUUCUCAACAAGUCAAAGAAAAAUACGAUGAUUUGGCUUUAAAAGCUCUGAUAAUACAUCAAGAUAGUAGUAGGAGGAAAUCAAAGUUUAAGAAUUAUGUUUCAAUGAAUGCCAAUAAUAGUAAUGGUGGCGGUAAUAAUGGUUAUAAUUUUGGUAAUCAUAAUAAUUUAAUAACAACUUUUAGCCAACAACAACAACAGCAACAACAGCAACAACAACAACAGCAACAACAGCAACAACAACAACAUCCUCACAAUAAUCACCACCACAUGAUUACACCUUUACAUUCACCAAAUCAUCCACUCACAACUACUAAUUCUCCACAAAACCAAUAUCAUUCUCAAUCUCAAUCCCAUGAUCUUCAAUCUCAUCAUCAGUUUAAUAAUCAUCAACAUGAACAACAUCAAAACCCAUACAACAACAUCAAUCACCUGAUCAACUCUAAAAUAUCACAAGUGGUUUCUAAGUUAAAAGUGUUUUCGUGA